CAAGGGCAAGGCAAACUCCCAAACAAAAGAAAACGAAAGGAAGUGGGAAUUUAACCCCAUCUCGAUCGUUCAAUUCAACCCAUCAUCAUCAUCCUCUGUCCAGUAAAUUCCACCAUCUCGGGCCACACUUGUCCCGUCCCCUCUUUCCUCCGUUCAAUUCGACCCCAUCUCGCGCAUCGCCGGUCAAAAACCCCCCAAAAUUCCGAACCUGAGCCCGGGGGCUCGCUUCAAAUGCGCCGGCAGCGCGCCGCCGCACGCCACCGAUGAGCCCCAUCGCGUCCGGCGCCGCGGGCGGUGACCUCUUCGCCGCCAACCUCACGGGCUCGCUCCUCGCCGUCGCCUCCUCGGCGUUCAUCGGCGUCAGCUUCAUCGUCAAGAAGAAGGGCCUCCGACGCGCCGGCGCCGCCGGCAUCCGAGCAGGUGUCGGAGGGUAUGGCUACCUCUUGGAGCCACUCUGGUGGGUCGGGAUGGUAACCAUGCUUGUUGGGGAGAUCGCCAAUUUCAUCGCUUACAUGUUUGCACCUGCAGUCCUCGUCACGCCAUUGGGCGCACUCAGUAUUAUUGUCAGUGCUGUUCUAGCCCAUUUCACACUGAAUGAGAAGUUGCAUCGGGUGGGUGUGCUGGGCUGUGGUCUCUGCAUUGUUGGGUCGACUAUGAUCAUCCUACAUGCUCCCCAGGAGAGGACCCCUAGUUCCGUGGAGCAGAUUUGGCACCUGGCCACACAGCCUUCCUUCCUUUGCUAUGCUGCCAUAGCAGUGGGAGUUUCUCUGUUCCUCAUGCUGUACUGUGCUCCGCGGUAUGGACAAACAAACAUAAUUGUUUAUGUUGGAAUUUGCUCGGUGAUUGGAUCCUUGACGGUAAUGAGCAUAAAGGCUGUGGGCAUUGCCAUUAAGCUUACAAUUGAAGGCAUAAACCAGGCUGGCUAUUUUCAGACAUGGGUGUUUGCAGUGGUUUCAGCAACAUGUAUAGUUAUUCAAUUAGUUUAUCUGAAUAAGGCACUGGAUACUUUCAAUACAGCAGUUGUCUCUCCCAUCUACUAUGCCAUGUUCACAACCCUCACCAUUUUAGCAAGUGCUAUAAUGUUCAAGGAUUGGUCUGGGCAGAGAGCAAGCAACAUAGCCUCAGAGAUUUGUGGAUUUCUUACAGUUCUUGCUGGGACUGUUGUGCUUCAUUCGACUAGAGAACCUGAUCAAACUUCAUCAGCAGACCUGUAUGCACCACUCCCGCCAAAAAUAUAUUGGCACAUCCAAGGGAAUGGCGAUAUUGGGAAACAAAGAGAGGAUGACUCCCUUACAUGUGAAUUCAUCACUGUUGUGCGGCAAGACUACUUUGUGUAGGGAUCAUCCAGUAUGCCUGCCUGGUUUUUCAUAUGUUUUUUUUUCCUGAGUCCCUCCACUGUAGUAUGUAGACAGAAUCCGUUACAAGACCCAUUCUAGUCAAAACACCAGCUUGGAGCAAUUGUGAAAUUUUGUAGAAAUUGUGUUGGAUUGCAUCCAGCGCAUUGCGUCCAAGCUAGUGGCCAAAACAUUUGCUUUCUAAACAACCUAGCCUUAGUUUGAAGAUAUGUAGCAAGUGUUUUACUGCCCCCAUCUGAGUGUAAAUUAUGUAAGGUGUUGGCUUCCUUUUGCUAUCCUCGUUCUUUUAAAGUAGAAUCCUUUUCGGCUCCUGAAUGUAAGUUGAUGUAUUUGAGGUUUGUAUUUGUGCAGUGCUUUGUGAUUGUAAACCCCCCAGCUCAGUGAGGUUUUGAAACCAAGCAGAGCUGCUUGCUUUGAUUUUGUGUAUGUUUGUAUAAAGUCUAUAACGUAUGCUUGAGUGCUUUGAGCCCUUGACCAUAGGUCCAGCACAAUCCUGAAUAUUCAAGAGGUUUCGAGUGCA